AUGCAUUAUAUCCGGGGACCAUUUUCAACCUCUCUGACAGUCCUUGACUUUCAGCAGCGCCACAAGAUCGCAAUUGACCAGGACUAUCUACCUACCCCCGAGCUGGCCAACAUCCGGCAGACCCUUCAGAACGUUCAGAAACAAACCUAUCACACUCAAUCGAGUGUACAGAAACAGAAUAACCAGUCCUGGGCCUCUGUAGUCCGUAACGCGCCUCCCCCGGCCCAUACGAUCUCUUCUUACGGCUCCUCCAGUACCGCCCCGGCCACCCCGUCGGAGCUCAGCAAGGACCGCGAAGUCAUCGUUAAGCUACGGGAUGCUGGUACAGAAUUGUCUGUUCGAAUAAAACAACUUGCGGGCUCUAUGGGGGCAGCUACGAGACCCGGAACUGCUCUCACAAGUCUACUAACAGCCAGGAGCGCCGCUGUGCAGGGUGUAAAGAAGCACACGCUGCCUGGCACAAAAGGUAUUCGAGGUAUGCAGCAGAGACGGACCGGGUUUAAACCGCAGCAGUAUACCGACAAGGUGAUGGCACAGUUCCUUCGGGAUCCUGCGAUCCUAGAGGCUAACCUUAUCUUUGUACAAGAACCUUGGGAGAAUCCCUACCAGGAUACUACUUACUAUCCUGCUAACGGCUCCCACCAGCUCCUAUACCCGGAUUCGACCGAAAUAGGGAACGAGCGGGCCCGCGAGCUCGAGCUUACUGAUGCUAACGGCCAACAAGUGCGCAUCUUCAAUAUCUAUAACCGACCUAACGAAGCAGAUAGCACUACUCUCGAUCUCGUUACCUCCCUAACUAUCCCUACCGGCCCUACUAACAGCUCUACUAAUCCGCGUUUGCUCCUGUUAGGCGACUUCAACCUCUACCACCCGGCCUGGGGAGGAAAACGCUCUAAAAGAGACUCCUCGUUCGACCAAUUACUGGAACUGACGGAUACGAGGUGCCUAGACCUCUGGCUAGAGCCAGGCACUACCACGCUCGUUGCCUGCGAGGUUAACGAACGAGUCUACGCAGAUUCGGACCACUAUCCUAUACGAACUCUUCUGGAUAUCAGCACUAAAACCCCUGAGGCACAGCGACGAAAGAACUGGAAAACCUGCAGCGUCAAGGACCUGCAGAGCUUCGUGGACCUUAACCUACAGACCAAGGCCUUUCCCUUACAAAUGAAGCAGCAUAUUGAGCUCGCUAUAGAAUACCUUAUCGAGACAGUCAACUAA